GCACAGACGCGCCUCAACUCGGCCUCCGCUUCGUAGAGAACGAAGAUGUGCCGGAGCCGGAUGAUGAUGGAUCGACUUAAAGCCGCCCGGAGACGUUUGGCGUAGCAGGCCACGAAGCAACGAACCGAAGGAAGGGAGAAUUGCCUGCCUCGAGGUGCGUCUCGUCUCGUCUCUGUCUGUCUGUCCGUCCCAUCCCGUCCCUUCACUUGCCUUCCCUUCCCUUGCCUUGCCUUUCCAUCAUCCCCAUCCCCAUCCCAUCCCAUCCCAUCCCCGCCCCCGCUCGCUCCCUCCCUCGCUCUCUCGCUUCCCCCCACCCACCACCACCUCCACCUCCACCUCCUCCUCCUGCUGUCUGCCCUCCCUCCCCUCCCCUCAGCUCGGCUCGUCUCGUCUCGUCUCGUCCCGUCUCGACCCUGCCCUCGACUCCGCUCCCCCACGCGGCCCGUCUGUCUGUCCGCCUGGCUAUCUAUCUAUCUGAACAUUCAUUCUGAUCACCUUUUUUAAGCUUGGCUUUGCCCGUCGGACUGAAAGGCAAAGGCCAAGGCAAAGGCGCAUGGGGCAAGGGUCUGGGCUGGGCUGGUAGCGCGUAUCUACCGUACGUGUGCCGAUCUUCUUCCCUAAGAUAUGUUUGUCAACCUGCUGUUGCAACGGUACCUGGACAGCCCAAUUGUCUCUGUCGUCGAGGGUUGCGCGCUCGGCCGACCUAGUGCACUCAGCGGAGUGGUGUUUGAUGCGUGCGCACGCGCUGUGCCGUCCCCGUGUGCAGAGAUUGUGAUGGUGUGCUGAGUAGGUUUCCCUUUGACUGUGCGUUUCGAGAUCUCUUGGCUUCCUACAGAGAUUUAGGUGCUCGUGCUCGUGCUGUGCUGUGCUGUGCUAGCGCUCUUGAGGAUCAAGGAGAGUAUCUUUUGCUCUUUCGUUCUGUCCGUGGCUCUUGAAUUUCACAUCGCUCUGGAAUGCGUCGUAGGCUUUGAAAUUAGUCGUGGGCCGAGGCGGCGAGGCAAAACCAGGAGAAGAAACAGAAGACGGGGAAGGGGAGAGAGUGGAGUGGAGUUGAGUGGAGGAAGAGGAAGGAGAGAGAGGGAGAGAGAGAGAGGAGGGAGAAAGGAGUAGAUUUGGCUAGAGCUGUUGUUGGUGAUGAUAGUGUGGUGAUGUGCGAGCCUUUGUCGUGUUUGGUCUUUUUCAGGAGUAUCGAAGAAUCAGGCUCAGGCAAGAUCACCAUCACGACGACCACCCUGAGCUGGGGGGUUAAGCUCGGAGGCAACAGUGGCAGGGAACAAGCGUCCCAAGCUUGACUUGGCGGGAAGUCCUUCAAUGAGUGAACCUUCGGAAGAGGAGGCGCCCUCUCUGAGACUGACAUUGUCCCCUCCGGGACAGCAUAUCCAUCACCAUCACGAUGAACGAGCUCCUCCUCUUCCCACGUUCACUCCGCAAGCCGCAUCCUCAGCUGAAUCAGAGCCUGAGCGGAGUAGACCUAGACGAGCGUCUCGUCAAACCUCCGUUGAUCGACCCAGCGCAAAACUUAAAGAGGAGCGAAUUGCGAACCCCUACCCCUGGGCCACGGACAGGAGAGCCGUGGUGAUGUCCCUGGACAGGAUCGCACGAUCUGGAAUCUGCAGCAUUCAAGGAGAUGUGGUUUGCAAGAGGUGCGAUGGAAGUCAGAAGGUCGAUUACAAUCUGCAGGCGUAUUUUCUCCAGCUUGACAACUAUUUCAUGGCCAACAAAGACCUGAUGCAUGACCGUGCCCCUAAACUUUGGAUGGUCCCCCGCCUGCUCAAUUGCUCCAUGUGCCACCAAAGCGACUGUGUGAAGCCUGUCAUACACCCACGCAAGCGAUACAUCAACUGGCUGUUCCUGAUGCUCACUCAAACGCUAGGUCUUUGUACUCUGGAUCAACUUAAAUAUUUCUGCAAACACACGCACAAACACCGCACCGGUGCCAAGGAUAGGGUUCUCUAUCUCACGUAUGUGGGGCUGCUGAAACAGCUCAAUCCUGCAGGUCACUAUGAUUGACUGACCGUGGUGAGAGUGGGCAAUUCAAGUGUUUAGCAGUGAGCUGAUGGGUUCUUUGCCAGACUAUGACUGUGUGUUCCUCGUGAUUCACGAGUGACCUCGUCUGACCAAAGAACAUCUUGUCGUUCGAAGUCAGGCCCAGGGGUCUUCAGUUCCUCCAUUGAGGUAACUUGUUUUGAGUAUCUCAUCUCCGGCACUGCCGAGUUUCAAACUAUUGUGGAGAUUUUUUUCAUGACGUGCAUUCGAAGUGUCAACCCUAGCUACUGCAGGAAAUUGGGGCAUGAUGUGGUCCGUUUCGAAACAUAACACUCAUUCCCUUUCACUUGAUAUUCUCGUUCAACUUGUCUUCUGAGUAAUCACUGGCCAGAUAUAUAUUAUUGGGUGAAAUCCCGGCUCGCAGUUACGUUCGUUCAUCCCAUCAUCAUCGGUCAGCUGAGCCGGGGUGGCUGCUGCUGUCUCUUUCGUCCCCUCAUGGUCACAUGACUCCACGGCAUGCACUCGAGGACGCCCCAUCCCAUCCCUGCAGCACUGAAGGAAACUCUUUUCUUCUUCUGUUCUUCUGAUGUUACCUUGCCGACUACUCUUGUGGAAUAGGCUUUGAGAUUUUCCAGUCUGUAGUCUUGCAGUGAGCUGAUUUCAUGGUAUGACAUGAGAGUGGGUCAGGCGCCAAUGUCUACUCUGCGAGCACUGCGUGAUGACCACUACUUCUCGUUGGCUUUCUGGCCAACUUUCUUUCACAUUCAGCAGCCGAAAACAACAACCGGUGAUACAUGAUAUCUCGGCAUUCUGGGAUGUCGUUGUGGUGUGCAAUCUUUGCCUGAUGCCCCUUGUCGUAGACUUGCCUGUAGACUGACUCGAGCCAGUCUCCCAUGGUGGAGCAAGACCAAGUCUGCAGAUUGCCUUUUUCCAGUUAUGUGAUAUUUUGGAAAGUGCCAAAUCUCUGUCAAUAAAGAGGCUGCUUUGAGCAGGGUGAAAUUGUCCUU